AUGGCUUCCGGCGAAUCACAGUUCCUAGUGGAGCCUGGCGUAAGACACCAGGAAGCUCUGAGCAACGAUUAUUGCAACGAGCGGAUCUUCCAGAGAAAUCGGCUCCCGCCGCGCUCCUACUGGAUUCCUGACACCUCACUGCUCCUCAAUGGAGAUUGGAGCUUCAACUAUGCUCCCACACCACUGCAUGCUCCUGAUCCGGCUCCGUACAGCACAAUCCUGUCCGGUGGCCGUAAAACUACCUUAACUGAUCGUGACUCGGCUGAGCAGCUGCCCGAGGUGGCAUGGACCUCGAUAACAGUCCCAGGUCAUUGGCAGCUUCAGGGGCAUGGCCGUCCUCACUAUACUAAUAUCGCCUAUCCCUUUCCUGUCUAUCCGCCGGCCGUACCCUCGGAGAAUCCAACUGGCACGUAUCGACGAGAAUUCCAUGUACCUCCAAGUUGGGACAAGUCUAGUCAAAUCCGUUUGCGCUUUGACGGAGUAGACAGUGCAUUUCAUGUCUGGUUUAAUGGUAUUUUUGUUGGUUAUUCCCAGGGGAGUCGGAAUCCUGCUGAGUUUGAUAUUACCGAUUUGGUGCGAGGUGGGGACGCAAACUGCCUUCUCGUUCGUGUGUACCAGUGGUCAGACGGAUCCUACAUCGAGGAUCAGGACCAAUGGUGGCUUUCCGGCAUCUUCCGCGAUGUUUACCUGCUUGCGUUUCCCACUCGCGGACGGAUCGACGACCUUUUCAUCAAGACCGAGCCUGACAAGCAAUACCAAGACUUCAAGCUAUGCACCGAUCUAAAUCUAGCCCUGCAAGAGGAUUGCGAGGUCUCCCUCGUCCUUCGUUGUCCCCGUGGCCGUACUAUAGUCUCAGCGCGAGUUCUGGUCUCAAGGGACUUAUCCCAUUUCACGCAUUGCCUUGAAGUCGCAUACCCCUCUAAAUGGACCGCGGAGACACCACAUCUGUACACAUUGAAGAUAGAUCUAUUCGGCAAGGGGAACUUGAAAGUCGCCUACCAAGUAAUACAGCAGCAUAUAGGUUUCCGCGCCGUGGAGUUGAAAGAUGGCAACAUCUGUGUCAAUGGAAAAGCCAUCAUGCUACGUGGAGUCAAUCGCCAUGAUCAUCAUCCCCGUUAUGGUCGUGCUGUGCCAUACAGCUUCGUCAGAGAGGACUUACUGCUCAUGAAGCGUCAUAACAUCAACGCAGUCCGCUGCUCACACUACCCAUCUCAUCCGCGUCUAUAUGAGCUAUGUGACGAGCUUGGGCUUUGGCUUAUGGAUGAGGCCGACCUCGAAUGCCACGGAUUUGACGAAGCUGUCGCACGAUCUCUCAAGAUACCGGAGUCAUUCACGUCCGAUAACCCUUCUUGGAAGGAAGCUUACCUGGACCGGAUGCGGCAGCUUGUCGAACGCGACAAGAACCACCCAUCUGUGAUUAUCUGGUCGCUGGGUAACGAGUCCUUCUAUGGCCGAAAUCAUGUCGCUAUGUACGAGUAUGCCAAAGCACGAGAUCCCGGGCGGCUUGUUCACUAUGAAGGAGACACGAAGGCCCUUUCUGCGGAUAUUUUCUCGUACAUGUAUCCAUCUGUCGACACCCUGGUAUCGCUGGCGGAGUCUGAAGGCGGCUCGUUCGACAAACCGAUCGUGCUUUGCGAGUAUGCGCAUGCCAUGGGCAACGGUCCAGGAGGAUUGGAAGACUAUCAGAAGGCUUUUAGGGCACACAGGAGACUGCAGGGUGGUUUUGUUUGGGAGUGGGCGAAUCAUGGGUUGUUAAAGGUUGAAGACGGGAAAGAGUACUACGCUUAUGGCGGUGACUUCGGGGACGUCCCGAAUGACGAUACCUUCGUCAUGGAUGGCCUGUGUUACAGCGACCAUACUCCGACACCGGGCCUUACUGAACUGAAGAAAGUGAUCGCCCCAGUGAGGAUUUGUGUGGAUGGAAAGGGCUUGCUCGUCAGCAACGAACACGAUUUUGUCUCUCUACGGCAUUUGGUGGCAGACUACAGGGUUGAAGUUUUUGGUAAUAGGCCCAAAAUCCUCGAUUCUGGCACUCUGGAGCUCUCUGACAUUCACGCUGGUACAAAGAAAUACGUGCAGCUGCCAGACAGUGCCUUCAGCAUUCAGAGCGAUCAUGAAUGCUGGCUCACGGUGACCCUACGAACGAGGAGUGCCACUACUUGGGCGGACGCCGGGCACGUUGUGACGUGGUCUCAAGCAUGCCUGCAAGAACCCCAAGACUCGAGGGGCACCACCAAUAACUCAGCAGCAAGGCUACCGCUGCUGCAGCUGAACGAAUUAAUCUUUACAUACCGAGUCACAGGAGCCGAUUUCUGCUUCGUGUUCGAUCGCACUCGAGGACAACUGAUGGAGUGGAUUUGCAGAGGCCGUUCUAUACUUCACGGCGAGGAAAGAGACCCGGUGCCGCUGUGUCUCAGCUUCUGGCGAGCUCCAACUGAUAACGACGCGAGAUGGCAAACUGACGAUUGGAAACUCUAUGGACUGGAUGCUAUGACCUCACAGCUUCGUUCGUUCAAGGUCACCAAGACAAGCGAAAGCACCGUUCGCCUCGUAGCAACGAUGUAUCUGAGUCCACUCGUCGUGGCAUGGGGCUUCAACGCUGUAGUCGAAUAUACCAUCGACUUCUCCGGCUCUCUCACCCUGCAAGCUAAACUACAACCAACCGGCAGGGCUCCAAAGACAAUUCCACGCGUUGGAUGGAACGUCCAGCUUGAUCGCCGCCUGGAUCACGCUACAUGGUUCGGUCUCGGUCCAGGCGAAUCAUACCAUGACAAGAAGUCUGCGCAGCAAAUCGGCAUCUACACGGCACAUAAAGAGCACCUGCAGACUCCGUAUGAGGUGCCACAGGAGAACGGGAAUAGGGCUGAAGCCCGAUGGGUGAAUUUGCACGAUGAGGCUGGUUUCGGCAUCAAAGCGACCUACGUGCCUGGCAAGAACGAGCGAAGGUGCUUCCAAUGGGCGGCUUGCAGGCAUGAUGCAGGCGUUCUUGAGCGAGCUCGGCACCCUUGUGACCUGAGGGAAAGAGACGGUGUAUUAUGGCGUUUGGAUUGUGAUAAUGCUGGAGUUGGUACUGCAGCUUGCGGUCCGGGUGUGUGCGACGAAUGGAAAGUGCCUUGCAGAGAGUUUGAAUUUGGAUUCAAGCUGGAGCCGGUCGUCUCUAGUUGA